AAAUUUUAAUUUUUCUUUUAGUUGAUUAGUUGAUUGACUAGUUGAACUACAGAAAGAUCAAUCAUGGCAGAGAAAAGACUAUUCAAGGAGUGGAACCAAAUAAAUAAGUCCCCCAUCAGCCAAAUAAACCACCAGAUAAUAGCCUUAAGUCCAAUUAAUAAUAAUGACGAAGAAAUGAAUAUAAUGAAAUGGGAAGCUUAUAUAAGUAAACCAACAAAACAAGAUAAUCCGUAUUACUAUAACGGGAAAUGGCAUUUAUACAUUGAAAUACCUUUGAACUACCCAAUGAACCCCCCAAGUAUUAGGUUUGAUAAUCAAACCCCAAUAAAUCACCCCAAUAUAAAUUUUGAAACCGGAGAAAUAUGCUUAGAUAUAUUGAAAGCUGAGAAUUGGUCUCCGGCAUGGAAUUUGCAGUAUCUCAUAGUGGCCAUCUUAAUGUUGAUUGAUCAUCCCGAACCGGACUCGCCUCUCAAUAUCGAUAGUGCUAAUUUAUAUCGACAUGAUAAGUUGGCCUUUGAAUCAAUCGUGCAAUAUAACAUUUGGCAAUAUAAUACUUUCUAUCACCAUUUCAAAAACGAAUCGGGAAUUAAAAGCGAAGAAGAAGUGAGGGAGGAAGAAGAAGAAGACGAUGACGACAUAUCCUUGAUCAAGGAUAACUUGAAUAAUACAAUCAUAACCGGUGGUUAUUCGGAUACUUACACUAAAAAUACCACGAAAAUUAAAAAAAAAUUACAAGAAAGCUUAAAAGACCCCUUUUAUAACGAUCCGGAAAUUAUUAAUAAGUCGAGUCAAAAAAAGAAAAAAAAUCUUAAAUCCAAUGUCUCUCCCAAUUUCAAAGUGAUCCAUGACGUGGGAGAAGAAGUCACUAAACAAUUCAUUGCGAAGGUUAAUGAAAUCGGCCAUAUGCACCAUCAUCACGACGAUGAUUUAUUUCAAAAAUCUUCUCAUUCUUCAGUUGACUAUUCGUCCGGUAAUGAUGACGAUUUAGAUAGCGUUAGACAACAGGUUACUCAGAACGUUACCAAGCAAGUUGAAAAAUUAUGUCUGAAAUCAACCCUGCCGGAAAUAUUACUAGAAGAUGAUGACGAUGAUGAAAAAUUUAUAAAUCAACCAAUUAAUGAAUGUAAAAGUGAUGAUAAUGAUGAAAAUGUCGAGAAAAUCAAACAGCAGUUCUUGAAACAAGUUGAUGAUAAAGUCAAUGAAGUUAGAAAAAAACAAGAAGAAUAUCAAAGAAAGAUGUCUUUGGGUGGUUCUCCUAAUUAAUGCAUGUUAUACGUAU